AUGUUGCGCCGCACCGUCUUCGGCCUCGCCAGAAGCGCCACCAGCUCCGUAACCUCGUUGACCGCCUUCCGACCACUCUCCACCACCAGCACCAUGUCUUCCUCGGGGACGGAAUCCCCUUCUACUACCCCAAUGGCGGAUGCGAUUCGUGAAAAGAUCACCGCCAACCUGCAACCACGCACGCUCCAAAUCCACAACGACUCGCACCUCCACGCCCACCACUCCGCCAUGCGCGGCGUCACCUCUCAGGAGACGCACUUCCGGGUGAUCAUUUCGUCGGACGCCUUCAGGGGAAAAAUGCAGCCGGCGCGCCAUCGGUUGGUAUACGGAUUGCUCAAGGACGAAAUGGCCAAGGAGGGCGGGAUCCAUGCAUUGCAGUUGCGGACGAUGACGUUGGAAGAGGAGGAGAAGAGACAGCAGAAAGAGGAGGCAGAGGAGAAGGCGAGGACGUGUAAGGACUAG